CAGUGCAAUCCAGGUGUAUGUGCUUGACCUGGAGUGGAACAAAGCACAGAUUACAUAAACCCCAUUUUCUAACAGUGGUCAGCCCCAAACUGAAUCCACAAGCUGCAAGGGCACCAGGAGCAGGCACCUGAGGCACAUGUGCCCAAACCGUGCUCCCUGCAUCCCCAGCCGCCUGUCCCAUUGCAUCCCAAUUGAAUCUAAAGCUGCAGCUCGGAGGUGGGGUGAGUCCCUGGUGCAUCCCACCUCAGGCCAGUGGCUCAACAAGCCAUGCCGUGAGCCCAAACCCAGCCUGGGCAACGUCGUGUCAAACCAGUCGUGGAUUUCCAAGUAACCAAAUGCAGUUAUUUGGAGGCACAGGUCUGGGGCUUGUCUCCACAGGCUGAUGGAGAAGGGGACAUUGAAGGGGCAUGGCACACUGUGGGUAAUAUCAAAUCCUAAGGAACAGUGGCUGACCUGUUCCUGAAGGGCCAGCAGCUCUCACGCUGGCUGCAGCCUGUAGGGAAACAGUGCUGCUUUGUUUUGCCAGCAGGCCAGCCUUAGCUUCAGUCAUCAUCCCACUGCAACCCUCUGAGUCCAAACCCCAACCUUUCUACUUGCACGAAACACACAGUUCAGCACGGAUUUAGUCAGCGGCUUGCCAAAACACCCAAAAGCACAGCGUGCCAAGGGUCCAACCCCCAGAGCUGUGGCUCCUCUGAGGGCUGGCGGCACAGCAGGGCUGUGCACAAGGCGCCCUUGUCCCUUGUGCCGUGGAACAAAGGCCGCUGCUGUGUGCUAAUGCCGGCGGCUCGGCGGCGGGCAGGGGGGCGAUGGGGCGAGCAAGGGGUGGAUUAGCCUCCAGUGAGCCCACACGGAGCUUUCCAAGCACCCUGCAGCUCCCAGAUGCUGGAGGUUUCUCCACAGUUCACUGUUGCUUCAGGAAGGUGCCGGCAAGAAGCCACCGCCAACGUCCCCGCAGGCUGAGCGACCGGCUGGCGCAGAGCAGGACACCGGUGGCAAUGCUCACCUAGGAGCCUCGCUGGCCUCUACCCGCACCUGGGCACCCACACACGGUGCUGCCACCACACACAUGCAGCCAGGUGGAGGAGAGACCCCAACUCCAGCCCCAGCCAUGGAGCCAGCCCCCGAGAUGAAGAGGAAUAGGUUCCCCAGCAUGAACUUUGAAGCAGAGAUUCUGGCAGCUCCACACGAUAAUUCAGAGCUAUAUGUGGUCCCCUCCAUGAGAAGUCUCACGGCUGAGGAGUAUGUAGAGGCCUUUAAGUCAUUUUUGGAUCAUUCGACGGAGCACCAGUGCAUGGAUGAGUUCAACAAGGAAGAAAUGCCUCGCAUCAUGGCAGGUCUCGGCAAUGGAAAAUCGAUGAUAAAUGUUCUGGGCGUGGGGAGCGGCACAGGUGAACAGGAUUUGAAAAUGAUCAGGAUCCUGCAGGCUGCACAUCCAGGGGUCCUUAUUAACAACGAAAUCGUAGAGCCCAACCCACAGCAUGUGGCUGCUUACAAAGAGCUGGUUAAUCAAGCUCCAGAUCUGCAGGGUGUCUCCUUUAUUUGGCACCAGCUCACUUCUUCAGAGUAUGAACAACAGGUGAAAGAGAAAUGCAUAAACAAGAAAUUUGACUUCAUACAUAUGAUUCAGAUGCUGUACCGUGUGGAAGAUAUUCCUAAUACCAUCAAGUUUUUCCACAGCUGCCUCGACCACCAGGGUAAACUCCUGAUCAUAAUUUUGUCAGACAGCAGCGGGUGGGCCAGCUUGUGGAAGAAGUACAGGCACUGCUUGCCUUCAACUGACAGCGGCCACUACAUCACCUCCGACGGCAUCACGGCUGUUUUGAGGAGGCUCGGCAUCCAGUACCGCGUCCAUGAGUUCCCAUCGGGCUGGGAUAUCACCAAGUGCUUUGUCGAGGGGGACCCGGCCGGAGGCCAAAUGAUGGAUUUCCUGACGGGGACGAAAAACUUCCUGGGCACGGCCCCGCCGGCUCUGCGGAGGCAUCUGCAAGAGGCUCUCUGCCAGCCCGAAUGCAGCAGCAAGAAGGACGGGAGGGUCAUUUUCUGCAACAACCUGAGUAUGAUCGUAGUUGAAUCCUAGAGUCCGGACCAACUGCAGAGGCCAAGUCGGGGCAGUGUGGGGCGAGGUGGUUGUAGAGGGGCAUGCAGGAAAGUGGGGCACAGCCUCCUGUUCCCCGUCUGGAGCAGCCUGCGACAUCAAGGAUGAGCUCUUUGUCCCAUUGAGGUCAACAGGGCCAAGUUUUCACCCUGGAAAUCUAGUCCAACCUCAGGAGAACGUUCCAGAAAGUAAAGAGCUGCAUCUCGCUAAAAGCCGGCGUGGAAGGUGUUUUCUUUAAUGGUAUGCAUCCUCUCUCAACUGGAUUUCCAGUUUUCCAUACAGACGGCAUGUUUACAUACCUAAAGACAUGUCCAUAUGACUAGGUGCCGGGAGAAGGCUGCAGCCCCCAUGCCAGCUGCAUACACACCUGUUUCUUCCAACUGCACCUGGACAAAACCACCAAGGUGUCCCCACUGCUUUGCCCCAAACAUGUGCCUCAGUGCACCCUGACUGGAGCUGCUCGCUGCUCUGCACUAGGCUAUUUCAAUUUUAUUUUUUUUUAAAUCAGCAUAGCUAUUUACUACCCUGAACAUCUCAGCAUCUCGCAAUAUAGACAUGUCUUAAAAAAUUUUCCACCUUUUUGUUUGGAGAAUUUCUGGAUUACAGGAUAGUACUUGCCCAGUACUCUUUCAGGCAGGUAUUAAUUUUGUUACUUUCUUACUACUUUUUUUCUCCAUAUAAAAUAA